AUGCAUGCUGGUGUUCAAACAACUCUAUUCUUGAUUCGAGAAAACUUUUGGAUUAUAUCAGGUCGGAAUGCUGUUCGAAAUAUUAUUCGAAAGUGUAUCGUAUGCUUAAAAGCUAAUUCUUUAAAUUCAAAGCAGCUAAUGGGAAACUUACCCAAAGAAAGGGUAAUUCCUGCUCGAGCCUUCUCAAAAUGUGGAUUAGAUUUCGCUGGUCCAGUAAUUACAAAACCGAAUCUUAAGCGGUCAAAAGUAACUUUGAAAAGCUAUAUCGCAUUAUUCGUGUGCUUUACUACUAAAGCAAUACAUCUAGAAGUUGUAUCGGAUUUAAGCACGGGAGCCUUUUUGGCUUGCCUUCGCAGAUUCAUUGGAAGAAGAGGAAAGCCUUCUGAUAUUUUUAGUGACAACGCGACAAAUUUCAAGGGCGCAAGAAGUUAUUUAAAUGCUCAAGCUAUUAUUUGUUCUUCAGAAGAUGUUCAAAACUAUGCCACAGAAGAAAACAUAAACUGGCAUUUCAUCCCUCCCAUUACUCCUCACUUUGGGGGAUUAUGGGAAUCUAACAUUAAGACUGUGAAAAAGCAUUUAAUCAAGGCGUCUAAUUCUGCUAUUCUUAAUUUCGAAGAACUUUCAACCUUAUUGAUUCAAAUAGAAGCAUGUUUAAAUAGCAGGCCUUUAACCCCUUUGUCUGCUGACCCGAUGGACUUACAGCCUCUUACACCAGGGCACUUUUUAAUAGGUGCACCCCUUCUGUCUUUUCCUGAAUAA